AUGCAGCGUAACGGUGGCGGGGUGGGGGCCGGCGGCCAGCCGUGGCUGCUGCGGCGCGUGCGCCUCACCUGGCUCAGCUUCAUGCUCUUCUUCAUCCUGGUUUUCUUCCCACUCAUCGCACACUACUACCUCACCACCAUCGACGAGGCGGGUGGCCCCGACAAGCGCAUCUUCGGCCCGCGGCCCGGCGGCGAACUGUGCGAAGCCAAGCACGUGCAGGACCUGUGCCGCAUCCGUGAGUCAGUCAGCGAGGAGCUGCUGCAGCUGGAGGCCAAGCGGCAGGAGCUGAACGGGGAGAUCUCCCGGCUCAACCUGCGCAUCGAGGCGUGCAAGCGGAGCAUCGACAGCGCCAAGCAGGACCUGCUGCAGCUCAAGAAUGUCAUCAGCCAGACGGAGCACUCAUACAAGGAGCUGAUGGCCCAGAACCAGCCCAAGCUCUCUUUGCCCGUGAGGUUAUUACCCGACAAGGACGACCCGGGCCUGCCUCCGCCUAAGUCUGCCCGUGCCUGCCGCCUGCGCUCCUGCUUUGACUACGCCCGCUGCCCGUUGACCUCUGGCUUCCCUGUGUACGUCUAUGACCCGGCAUCCUACCCCUGGGGUGAGUCCCUGGACCCGUUAGUCAAGCAGGCCUUCGCCGCCUCGGUAAAGAGCAGCGUCUACGUGACGGACAACCCCAGCAUCGCUUGUCUGUAUGUGGUGCUGGUUGGGGAGCUGCAGGAGACUCCCUCCUCCCCCCUCCCGGCUCCCUCUGAGCUGGAGAAGCAGCUGAAAGCUCUGCCCUACUGGAGGUCUGACGGACACAACCACCUCCUGGUCCAUCUUUCCAGGAAAUCCAUGACGCAGAACUUCCUGUACAAUGUGAGCACGGGCCGAGCGGCGAUGGCCCAGUCCACCUUCCUGGAGCAGCAGUACCGUGAGGGCUUCGACUUGGUGGUGUCCCCGCUGGUCCAUGCCCUCUCUGAGCCCAACUUCCUUGAGGUGCCACCCCAGGUGCCUGUCAAGAGGAAGUACCUGUUCACCUUUCAGGGCGAGAGGGUGGAGUCUCUGAAAAGCAGCCUGCAGGAGGGGCCGCCUCAGUCCUUUGAGGAGGAGAUGGAGGGAGACGCGCCAGCCGACUACGACGACCGCAUCAUCGGCACGCUCAAGGCGGUGCAGGACAGCCACCUGGACAAGGUGCUGGUGGAGUUCACCUGUAAGACCCCGCGGCCUAGCCUGCCUACUGAGUGGGCUCUGUGUGGAGAGAGGGAGGAGCGGCUGGAGGUCCUCAAGGCCUCCACCUUCGCCCUGGUCAUCUCCCCCGGGGACUGUCAGCUGGUGGCCUCGGCAGGCAGCAGCAUGCGGCUGUUUGAGGCCCUAGAGGUGGGGGCCAUCCCUGUGGUGCUUGGGGACCACGCCAGGCUGCCCUACCAUGAGCUGAUCCGCUGGAGCGAGGCAGCCAUCAUGGUGCCCAAGCCCCGCAUCACCGAGCUGCACUUCCUGCUGCGCAGCCUAUCGGACAACGACCUGCUGGCCAUGCGACGGCAGGGCCGCUUCCUGUGGGAGACAUACUUCUCCACCUCAGAGAAUGUACUGGGCACCAUCCUGGCCAGUGUUCGGACCAGCAUCCAGGUGCCCGCCGCACCUAUCCGCGAGGAGCCCGCCCAGGAGAUCCCACACAAGGCAGGCAAGAUGGCCGGCACAGACGCCAACCUGGCCGACAAUGGCGACCUGGACCUGGGCCCUGUGGAGACGGAGCCACCGUACGCCUCGCCGCGCUUCCUCCGCAACUUUACCUACACGUCAACCAACACCUACCAGACCUGGAACCGUGCCCCGGGGCCUUUCCACCUGUUCCCCCACACGCCGCUGGACCCCGUGCUGCCCUCGGAGGCCAAGUUCCUGGGCUCGGGCACGGGCUUCCGCCCCAUUAGCGGCGGUGCGGGGGGCUCGGGGAAGGAGUUUCAGGCAGCGCUGGGUGGUAACGUGCCCCGGGAGCAGUUCACGGUGGUCAUGCUGACCUAUGAGAGGGAGGAGGUGCUGAUGAACUCCCUGGAGAGGCUCAACGGGCUGCCCUACCUCAACAAGGUGGUGGUGGUGUGGAACUCCCCUAAGCCUCCUUCAGACGACCUGCUGUGGCCAGACAUCGGCCUGCCCAUCGUGGUGAGUACCUUCCACCGCCGCUGAAUACUCAACAUGCCCCCGGUGCUUAGUGCUUGCUCACUGCUCAGACUGAACAAUAUGCUUGAAUGGGAGAGAAUGAUCUGAAAGGCUUGGCUCGUCUAGCCCAUUCUGAAAUGCAAAUAGUGUAACUUGUGAUGUGGUGCAGCAGUCUUGGAGGCUGUGUGUCUGAGAGUGUGCUCAAGUACAUCAGUCUAGCUGCUGAAGCUGAUUUGAUCUGCUCUCCCUGCUUCACUUAAAAACGUUCCUUACAACUCUGCAGGGCAGCCAGCCAAAUUACACCAGCUGAUAUAAAGGAAAUAGAAAGUGUGAAGUCCACAGAAAAGGUCUGUCUUUUAGAUGGGAACUUCAACAGAAUAUUCAAGUAUCCCAAUUACAGUCUAUAGGAAAGAUAUUCCCUCUGUGCAGGGAGAUAUGGGAGGAUAGUUUAAUGAUCUUGAAUGAAUAGCCUAAUUGGUCAACACAUUUUAAAAAACCGUGUUACUAUUGAAUGCUAAUAGAUAAUUCCAUACUUUCAUGUUUUUUGUUAGAUGGGUUAGCCUAAUAAAGGUGUUGAGAAAGGGGGGCGGAGUGGUUUGGACCAUUACCAUAUAUACUUUAAUGAAAUUCCACAUUAAAAGGAUAGUUCACUCAAAUGAUGCAAAACAUACUGUUUUUGAAAACUUGACUGCUGACAUGCACACAUUCUUGGGAUUGUAUUAACAGUGAACUAAUUAAGAAAAUAAUAAAUAAAAAAUUGUGAACGAUCCCUUUAACACUUCUCCUGUCCUGCAGGUGGUGCGCACGGAGAAGAACAGCCUCAACAACCGCUUCCUGCCCUGGGACGCCGUGGAGACGGAGGCCAUCUUGUCCAUCGAUGACGACGCCCACCUCCGCCACGACGAGAUUAUGUUUGGGUUCAGGUCAGUUAGAGGGGAGUCUGGGGACCAGUCAUUGAAUCCAAAGCUCUUUGGAGAAAGAAAAUGUAUUUUGUUUUGUACCUCAUUGAUUUUCAAAGAGAUCCAUUUUUCAUUGGAACCCAGCAGACCGAUGAUCUGUCUACAGAUAUUGACAAGCAUUGUGUGAAUUGACACUUAUUCCAAAAGUAAAACAAUGUAAAUAACAUUCAACGCACACUGACAUUAAAAAGCAUUUUUAGCACAGUAGCACAGCGUAGACCAAAACAUACACUAAUGUAACUGACCCUGACAGAUUAACAAGAGAGAAAUGGACCAUGUUGACUUUUCAAGCGCCACAUGAGCAUACAGUACUAGACUUGCCUCAUCUUGAAUAUCAUAUCAGGGCCAUGUGUAAAGCUAAAUUCUGGGAUUCAAAAUACAAGAGAAAAGGAAACAGCUGAGCUAGGGAAAUGUAACGCCUCUCAAAUCCAUAGACAGCGCUCUAUUGUUCAUAUUUUAACCAUAUUUUGAAGCUAUAUGUACUUUGUUUACAUUCUUUGAUGUUUGUAAACAAUGGAGAAAUUAAACCUUAGCCUAUAUUUUGGGUUAUGAUAAAGACCGAUCGUUGCCUAUAAGGCAUUUAUUUAUAAAUUACAUUCAUCAAGAAUCAAUGGGUAAAUAUCAAGAAUUGAUGACCAUUGAACAGCUUCCCAAAUCCCCGACUGCAGCAUUGUCAAAUGGUUUUGCCACUGUUGCAGCAUGCCCAGGCAGGCAGAAUGCUUCACUGUAGGAAUGGAGUCAUUUGUCAUCAAUUAUCCUGGAAUAUUUUUUCCUCACCUAGAACAACUGCUAAAUUCCUACUGGGAGUUUAUAUAGCGUGAAUGUGCUAGAUCUCCAAGGAAUAGGACUGAUGUUUGAUAAGAGUUUAAACUUCAUGUGCAAGCGUUUAUGGACAUUUCCAGAAGUAGGAAUUUGGAACAUAUCGUCUGAUAGCUGCACAUAGGAGCUGAUACUCCUCACUCCUUGUAGUCUCUUGUGUGUGUGUCUGUGUGCACGUCAGAGGUGAGGAGGGCCAAUGGAGUGGGUGGGAGAGAAAAUAAUGCACAACACAUACCUCUUUACGUCUCUUCUCCUUGUAGAUUGCCGUCCUUGCUGACAAGCUGUAGAGACUGUGUUGUCAGCUACAUGAUUUUCAUUAUAGGCCUGCAUGUACAAUACAAUAUGUACAUAUAAACUCAGGAAAAAAAGAAACGUCCUUUCACUGUCAACUGAGUUUAUUUUCAGCAAACUUAACAUGUGUAAAUAUUUGUAUGAACAUAACAAGAUUCAACAACUGAGACAUAAACUGAACAAGUUCCACAGACAUGUGACUAACAGAAAUGGAAUAAUGUGUCCCUGAACAAAGGAGAGGUCAAAAUCAAAAGUAACAGUCAGUAUCUGGUGUGGCCACCAGCUGCAUUUAAGUACUGCAGUGCUUCUUCGCCGGCCAUGGCAGGACACUGACAUUCCUGUCUUGCAGGAAAUCACGCACAGAAUGAGCAGUAUGGCUGGUGGCAUUGUCAUGCUGGAGGGUCAUGUCAGGAUGAGCCUGCGGGAAGGGUACCACAUGAGGGAGGAGGAUGUCUUCCCUGUAACGCACAGCGUUGAGAUUGCCUGCAAUGACAACAAGCUCAGUCCGAUGAUGCUGUGACACACCGCCCCAGACCAUGACGGACCCUCCACCUCCAAAUUGAUCCCGCUCCAGAGUACAGGCCUCGGUGUAACGCUCAUUCCUUCGACGAUAAACGCGAAUCUGACCAUCACCCCUGGUGAGACAAAACCGCGACUCGUCAGUGAAGAGCACUUUUUGCCAGUCCUGUCUGGUCCAGCGAUGGUGGGUUUGUGCCCAUAGGCGAGGUUGUUGCCGGUGAUGUCUGGUGAGGACCUGCCUUACAACAGGCCUACAAGCCCUCAGUCCAGCCUCUCUCAGCCUAUUGCGGAAAGUCUGAGCACUGAUGGAGGGAUUGUGCGUUCCUGGUGUAACUCGGGCAGUUGUUGUUGCCAUCCUGUACCUGUCCCACAGGUGUGAUGUUCGGAUGUACCGAUCCUGUGCAGGUGUUGUUACACGUGGUCUGCCACUGCGAGGACGAUCAGCUGUCCGUCCUGUCUCCCUGUAACGCUGUCUUAGGUGUCUCACAGUACGGACAUUGCAAUUUAUUGCCCUGGCCACAUCUGCAGUCCUCAUGCCACUUUGCAGCAUGCCUAAGGCACGUUCACGGAGAUGAGCAGGGACCCUGGGCAUCUUUCUUUUGGUGUUUUUCAGAGUCAGUAGAAAGGCCUCUUUAGUGUCCUAACCUUUCAUAACUGUGACCUUAAUUGCCUACUGUCUGUAAGCUGUUGGUGUCUUAAUGACCGUUUCACAGGUGCAUGUUCAUUAAUUGUUUAUGGUUCAUUGAACAAGCAUGGGAAACAGUGUUUAAACCCUUUACAAUGAAGAUCUGCAAAGUUAUUUGGAUUUGUACAAAUUAUCUUUGAAAGACAGGGUCCUGAAAAGGGACGUUUCUUUUUUUGCUGAGUUGAUAUUGUGCUCACAUUUUGAUGCAAUUCUCCUCAGCGCAUUCUCCCCAGUAUAAUGCUGACUUUUCCUCUCCGUCAUUGAAUCUAACUGUAUAACUGUCUUUAUCAGGGCGUGAUAAGUAAUUAUUGUUUCUCUUGGUCCGGUUGUGUGUAUCAGGGUGUGGCGGGAAGCCAGGGACCGCAUCGUGGGCUUCCCCGGGAGAUUCCAUGCCUGGGAUGUCAACCACCAAUCAUGGCUCUACAACUCCAACUACUCCUGUGAACUCUCCAUGGUGCUGACGGGCGCCGCCUUCUUUCACAAGGUACAGCCCCUUCUCCAUCCCCGUCAUGACACCUUUCAACCCUGUGAGCCCUGACCUGUAUGCUACGCACAGCUCUGUUUGGUGGUCCUCUGUUACUCAGUUGGUAGAGCAUGGCGCUUGCAACAACAGGAUAGUGGGUUUGAUUCCAGGACCACCCGUACGUAAAAUGUAUGCAUGACUGCAAGUCGCUUUGAAUAAAACCGUCUGCUAAAUGGAAGAUAUUAUUAUAUUAUACAGUGCAUUCGGAAAGUAUUCAGACCUCUUGACUUUUUCCAAAUUUUGUUGUUACAGCCUUAUUCUAAAAUGGGUUAAAUUGUUUUUAUCCCUUCAUAAAAAGUUUUACAUUUUACAUUUUUAGUCAUUUAGCAGACGCUCUUACCCAGAGCGACUUACAGUUAGUGAGUGCAUACAUUUCUUUUUUCAUACUGGCCCCCCGUGGGAAUCGAACUCACAACCCUGGCGUUGCAAGCGCAAUGCUCUACCAACUGAGCUACAUAAAUCUACACACAAUACCCCAUAAUGACAAAGCAAAAACAGGUUAAAAAAAAUACAUCAUCUGUAAUAUCACAUUUACAUAAGUAUUCAGACGUUUUACUCAGUACUUUGUUGAAGUACCUUUGGCAGCAAUUACAGCCUUGAGUCUUAUUGCGUAUGACGCUACAAGCUUGGCACACCUGUAUUUGGGGAGUUUCUCCCGUUCUUCUCUGCGGAUCCUGUCAAGAUCUGUUAGGUUGGAUGGGGAGCGUCGCUGCACAGCUAUUUUCAGGGUCUCCAGAGAUGUUCGAUCGGGUUCAAGUCCAGGCUCUGGCUGGGCCACUCAAGGACAUUCAGAGACUUGUCCCGAAGGCACUCCUGCGUUGUCUUGGCUGUGUGCUUACAGUCGUUGUCCUGUUGGAAGUUGAACCUUCGCCCCAGUCUGAGGUCCUGAGCGCUCUGGAGCAGGUUUUCAUCAAGGAUCUCUCUGUACUUUGCUCUGUUAAUCUUUCCCUCGAUCCUGAGUAGUCUCCCAGUCCCUGCCACUGAAAAACAUCCCCACAGCAUGAUGCUGCCACCACCAUGCUUCACCGUAGGGAUGGUGCCAGGUUUCCUCCAGACGUGACACUUGGAAUUCAGGCCAAAGAGUUCAAUCUUUGUUUCAUCAGACCAGAAAACCUUGUUUCUCAUGGUCUGAGAGCUUUCGGUGCCUUUUGGUAAACUCCAAGCGGGCUGUCAUGUGCCUUUUACUAAUGAGUGGCUUCCAUCUGGCCACUCUACCAUAAAGGCCUGUUUGGUGGAGUGCUGCAGAGAUGGUUGUCCUUCUGGAAGGUUCUCCCAUCCCUCCAGAGUUCCUCUGUGGAUCUGUCAGGGUGACCAUCGGGUUCUUGGUCACCUUCCUGACCAAGGCCCUUCUCCCCCGAUUGCUAAGUCUGGCCGGGCGGCCAGCUUUAGGAAGAGUCUUGGUGGUUCCAAACUUCUUCCAUUUAAGAAUGAUGGAGGCCACUGUUUUCUUGGGAACCUUCAAUGCUGCAGAAAUAUUUUUGUUCCCUUCCACAGAUCUGUGGCUCGACACAAUCCUGUCUCGGAGCUCUACGGACAAUUCCUUCGACCUCAUGGCUUGGUUUUUGCUCUGACAUGCACUGUCAUCUGCGGAACCUUAUAUAGACAGGUGUGCCUUUCCAAAUCAUGUCCAAUCAAUUGAAUUUACCACAGGUGCACUCCAAUCAAGUUGUAGAAACAUCUCAAGGACGAUCAAUGGAAACAAGAUGCACCUGAGCUCAAUUUUCGAGUCUAUAGUAAAGGGUCUGAAUACUUAUGUAAAUAAUGUAUUUCUGUUUUUUAGGUUUAAUACAUUUGCAAAAACUUGUUUUCGCUUUGUUAUUAUGGGGUAUUGUGUGUAGAAUGAUGAGGAGUUUUAUUUAUUUAAUACAUUUUAGAGUAAGGCUGUAACGUAACAAAAUGUGGAAAAGGGGAAGGGGUCUUUUCGAAUGCACUGUAUAUUAACUUACCUGUCUUGUAUAAGAUACAUCACCCUCAUCCCUCCUCUCCACAAGUUCCUUGUACUUAUUUUGGUCUGACCUGUCUCACCCUUUCCUCAUUGUACCUGGGCCAUAUUCAUUAGGCACCAAACGGAAGAAAAGAUUGCUUGUCCAAUGCUUGACUCCCUCAUUUUCAUUUUCUGUUGCAAAAUGUUUUAUAACGUUGUGUGUUCUAAUGAACAGGACGCCGGUUGAUUCCCUUAUAUGUUUUGUCUCUGCUGCAGUACUAUGCGUACCUGUACUCGUAUGUGAUGCCCCAGGCCAUCCGCGACAUGGUGGAUGAGUACAUCAACUGCGAGGAUAUCGCCAUGAACUUCCUGGUGUCGCACAUCACACGAAAGCCCCCUAUCAAGGUCAGUGGGGCGCACACACACACACAUAUACUCAAAAAGACACACACACCCCGGGCACUGUUUAUUUAUAUUUCUGCUCCCUUAGCCGACCAUUCCUCAACCUGACAUGCUCAAUAUUCUGUUGCAAAUUAUAAAUCAGAACACAAGAAGAUUGGAUUGUUGCCAUACGCUUUCGUUUCCCUCGACAUCUGUUUGCGAGACAUUUAUGACUAGCGGACUAAUUAUGCCAAUCAAGCCAGGGGACAUUGUGAGACCUGGAAUCUUGUAAUAUUCCCAGGUGUUUUGUUCAGGAAAAUCGGACAGGCUUCGAUGGCGUGUGUGAGUUGACGGCAAGUUGGCCCUGGUAGGAAUAAGGCUCGUGAAUAAUGCCUGCAGUGGAAGUAAACUCCUGUAACUAAUGAACGACUUUCCUUUUCCUGAAGAAUCAACCCUAAGAGUCAACCUAAUUUUAUGCCCUGUAAUAUGUGUCGUGGUAUACAAUUAUGUGCAAGUAUUCUGUCCCAGUGUUCAUUGGCACACACUACCAUAUUUUACGACCACAUGUUCAUGGUAUCGACAAAGCAAUCAAAAUGGUUGUAGCAUUUUAAUUAGAUACACACAGAUACACCCUCUCCAUUUCCUCCCUCUUAGGUGACGUCUCGUUGGACCUUCCGCUGCCCCGGCUGCCCGCAGGCCCUGUCGCACGACGACUCUCACUUCCACGAGCGCCACAAGUGCAUCAACUUCUUUGUCAAGGUGUACGGCUACAUGCCCUUACUCUACACACAGUUCCGCGUGGACUCUGUGCUCUUCAAGACACGUCUGCCCCACGACAAGACUAAGUGCUUCAAGUUCAUCUAG